CAGCGCCAACCCCAGCGAGCUCCUCCGGACUCCAUCCAGACGUGUACGGAAUACACCUAUCUACGUUGCCUCGUCCCACUGUACACGACAGAUUACCGGAGUAGGACUCGUUCCCGUCGAAUUACCCGCGUUCCAAUGGACUUCGACGUUACGUCUUCAGAAUAGUUAAACAAAGAUGCGACUGCUCGUGCGAUCAUUAGCCGCGUUACCCAUCGCCCUCUCCCUCGUCUUUCCCUUGCCGACCGCUGGCGCUGGGUUACAGCCAUCCCCGUACCAACGCCUGGAUCGCUCAGAGUCAACCAGCCAUGUGUUCCCGUUUCUGAAAUGGCUCCGUGACAGCGCGGUGGAGGCCGUCUUCGGAAGGCCGCCGACCAAAACAAAGGACCAGAGACCUGGCCCGCAGUUACAAUCUAGGUACCGGAAUGACGUCGUGGUUCGAUUUAACGUCACCAACCCUGAGGAGGAGGGCGCCAUCGCUCAGGCAGUUAGCCAGAUGUUUCUCGACGUCUGGGCCUUUGCACCUGAUUUUGUCGAUGUGAGGCUGGCCAAGGACGACCUUUCGGCGCUGCUCACCCUGCUGCCCGGCUCGCUGGAGCCCUCGAUACUCAUACCCGACGUCGCAGCAGCAGUGUGGGCGACAUAUCCUUCGUCAUCCGCUGGGGCUUCCCGACUCCAGUGGAGCACGGCAGACGCCGCCAAAAUGAGGACGUCCCUGGACGGGGUUGGAAAUAUCUUCUUUCAGGACUACCAGCCCUUGGCUGUCAUCACAAACUGGAUGCGCCUGCUCGAGGCCAUGUUUCCAUCCGUCGCUAGCAUGAGUAGUAUCGGCAAGUCGUACGAGGGCCGUGAUCUCUAUGCUCUGCGUGUCGGUGCUCCCAGCGACGAUAGUGAAGCCAGCGGGCCUAGAAAGACGAUUCUCAUCACGGGUGGUCUCCACGGCCGUGAGUGGAUAUCGACAAGCUCGGUCAACUACCUGUUAUGGUCGGCAGUCACAUCAUACGGCACCGAUUCAAUGAUGACCAAGCUUCUCAAGCACUUCGAUAUCGUGUUCAUCCCAGUCCUCAACCCCGACGGCUACGAAUACACCUGGAAAGUGGAUCGGCUCUGGCGCAAAUCACGACAACCAACCAAGAUGCGUUUCUGCCGUGGCCUCGACCUCGACCAUGCCUUUGGCCACAGCUGGGACGCAGGCAGGCACACAUCCGACCCAUGCUCGGAGAGCUACGGCGGGGAACAGCCCUUCCAGGCCGUCGAAGCAGCCGCUUUGGCGCAGUGGGCCUUGAAUGAGACGGAAAAUGGUCUCAACUUUGUGGCCUUCCUCGACUUGCACUCAUACUCGCAACAAGUGCUCUUUCCGUACGCGUACACAUGCUCCCUCGAGCCGCCCAACCUUGAGAACCUCGAAGAGCUCGCGGUGGGGUUAGCAAAGGCGAUCCGUAUCUCGAGCGGAGAGCCGUACACCGUUAGUUCUGCAUGCGAGGGAGCUGUUGCCGGGGCCUACAGCGCGAGCGAUUCGCUUCGGCGCAUCGAGGCUAGGGGCGGCGCAGCCAUCGAUUGGUUCUAUCACGAACUGCACGCACGGUACAGCUACCAAAUCAAGUUGCGAGAUACUGGGAGCUACGGAUUUUUGGUUCCAAGUGACAAUAUCGUUCCCACCGGCGAGGAGAUGCUGAACGCUUUGAAGUAUCUUGGCGAUUAUCUCCUUGGAAACAACGGCAUUGAGAAGCUGCUGGCUCAACAGCCAUUGGACCACUGGAAGGAUUUGAAGCGGCGGAGGCGGUAAAGUCAACGAUUUGGAAAUCCGCGGUUCGGCAUUAUCGUUACCGAGAAAGGGACAUGGCUUGUAUGGGAUUUGCUGGCGUCUACGGGACGGUUGAUUUGGAUA